UUUUUUUUCUCUAAAAAAGAAAGAGAUUGGGAUCAGGUCCAUGACUUCUGCGAGCGGCGGCAGCACGUAACUGGAAGUCCGUAGCAAGUCAGCAAGAAGCUAGAGACGGACGCACGCACACGGCACACCGCACGCACACGAUGGAUUCCGGGGCGGCGCACGAGGAGGAGGACGCCGCCGCGCAGCAGCAAGGCGCAGCACCGGCGACGGCGGCUCCGCCUUCCCCGCCCGCACAGGAGGAGGUGGCUCCGGCGCUGGAGUCGCUGCCCCUGGAGACCCGGUGCCCGCCGUUCCCGCUCCGCCAGCUCAACGGCUUCUGGCUUCCCGAGAUCACGCUGGCGGCGGGCGUCCCCGCCUUGCGCGCCCGCUUCACGCCGCGGCCCACGGACGUGCUGCUGGCGAGCUUCCCCAAGUCCGGCACCACGUGGCUCAAGGCCCUCGCCUUCGCCGCGCGGAACCGCGCCGCGCACCCGCCGUCCGACCCCGACCGCCACCCGCUCCGCCGCAGCAACCCCCACGACCUCGUCAGGUUCCUCGAGGUGGAGUUCGCGCUCGCGGGAGAGCACGCCGGCGGCGCCCUCGGGGACGAGUUCGAGGCGCUCCCUUCCCCGCGCACGCUCGCCACCCACCUUCCCUACUCCCUGCUGCCGGAGCGGGUCAGGUCCGAGUGCCGGAUCGUCUACGUCUGCCGGGACCCCAAGGACGCGCUCGUCUCCACGUGGCUGUUCACCAGGAAGGCGGCGCCGGCGUUCGGCGCCGACGCGGAGGGCUUCGCGUUCCGGGAGGCGUUCGAGCUCUUCUGCGAGGGCCGGUCGAUCUGCGGCCCGCAGUGGCGGCACGUCCGCGAGUACUGGGAGGAGAGCGUGCGGAGGCCCGGCGGGGUGCUGUUCCUCCGGUACGAGGAGAUGCUGCUCGCGCCGCGGAGCAGCCUCAGGAAGCUGGCCGAGUUCAUGGGGUGCGGCUUCUCCGGCGAGGAGGAGGAAGAGGGAGGGGCGGUGGACGCCAUCGUGGAGCUGUGCAGCCUGGGCGGGCUGAAGAGCGCCGAGGUGAACCGGAGUGGAAGCGGCAAGCUGCCCAUCGACAACAAGGCCUUCUUCCGGAAGGGCGGCGCCGGGAACUGGCGCAACCACAUGACGCCGGAGAUGGCGCGGAGGCUGGAUCGGAUCGUCGACGAUGCGCUACGAGGAUCUGGGUUUGCCUUCGCCGGGUCAGCGUGAUCGAGAGAGCUACUACUGCUUGGUCCUGCUCAUGCUUUUUUUUUGUUUGAUAAACUUCCUGCAAUUAUGAUCUCUUUAGAAGAAUUAUUAGCAUAAUCAUACAACACUCUGGUGUACGAUAUGCAAAAACAAUAGUUACCUGAAAAAUUCAGGCAUCCACAAUGCCAGGUUA